AUGAAAGCACGCUUGAGCAGAACAGAGGAACUCGGUAUUGUCGUUAGUCCUUGGGUUCAAUUUCACGAAUUUACAGUGACUCAAAGAGACAAUUAUUUGUACCUCAGCAAUAGCUUGAGAAACCCGGAUUCUAAAGACAUUGGCGUCCUAAACAUGACAGACUCAAUGGCCCUUAUCCCGUUGCUGUCGUUUCAAGGCAUUGUCAUCACAGCGAUAAUUACCUCAAAGUCCAUGAGUCUUGUCUCGAAGAAAUCAGGUCCCAAAACGUUCACCGCGGAUAUCUCAAUCAACGUUACGGGACCAGAGGCGCUCUUUACUGCUAUAGGUGAGACGCUGACUACCCGGAAGCAGUUUUUGCAGCAUCCCGAAUACCUGCAAAAAGGGUUGAAAUACAUGAACCCGCAAUACUUUUAUCGCGGUAAUCAACCAUCUGAUUUGCGGUCCCUGGUUGGACCUUCGCCGCAGGAAAAAACACCUUCAUUCUCAUUUCAGGAGUUGACCAAUCUCAUGGACGGGACGGGCAUGCUGUCGGAUUAUAGCGAGCAUAUCGAUAAAGUUCUCUCGCUGGGUUUGAUCAGGACCGCACUCAAAGAUCAUCAAAGAGAUGGUGUCAGUUUCAUUCUUGGUCGCGAGGAUGCCAACAGAGCUUCACUUCUGACCCAGAGCCUGGCAUCUGCUACCAAUGAAGGGUCUUCUGACAAAGAGCCGUACACAGCGCUCGGUGGGAUUUAUGCAGAUGAAAUGGGUCUUGGCAAAACAUUGACGAUGCUUUCCGCCAUUUCAGUCUCGGAAUAUUUGAAUGCACGGGCUACCGACUCAAUGGAAAUAGAUUCAGACCUUCAAACACUAAUCAAUGUCUGGGAUUCUGAGAUAGACAAGCACUUCGCACCAAAUGUUUUCAAUGUGAGCAUCUUCCACGGCGACAAACGAGCAAAGUCUCUGCAGAGUCUACACGAAAAGGACAUUGUUUUGACUACCUACCAUACGCUCAUAUCAGAUUGGACCUCAAAACGCUUGCUUCACCAACAUACGUGGAAUAGGAUAGUCCUUGACGAAGCACACUGCAUUCGGAACCAGUCAACACAUCAAUUCAAGGCGGCCCAAAAUAUAAAUGCUCGCAAUAGGUGGUGCGUAACCGGAACUCCUAUACAAAAUUCGAUGCACGACUUGCGAUCUUUACUGGGGUUCCUCCACUUCCGCCCCUUCUCAGAACCAGCCAUCUUCAACAAAUUCAUCGUGGAGCCGCUCUCAUCGCAGGAGCUCGAUCCUGUUCGACAUCUUCGCACGCUGCUCUCUGUCAUGUGCUUCCGACGCACACGGGCACUUUUAUCCUUGCCGCCAUCAGAUUUCCAUAAGAUUUCCGUAACCAGAACGGCUGACGAAACACAUUGGUAUGAUAAGAUCCUCGCAAGCGCAAAAUUGGAGUAUGAAAACAUCGCAAACAUGAAAUCGACAAAGAAGAAGCAUACUGUCCUAUUUGCAACUCUUAUGGAAUUGCGUCGUUUGUGCAGCAAUGGGCAGCCGCGAAGUGAGGUGAAGAAUACGUCGCAGAGUAAUGAUACUGAGUUACGGACGCAAGGUUCAAGACUCGGAGGCAAGAAGAGAAAGAGGGACACCAUAGCCUUCUCGGGAUUCUGCGAAGACUGUUGCAGUGACGAAGUCGAUCCAAGCCUUGGUGCCGCGUUACGCGAGUUCUGCCCAACCUGUUCCGAAUCUUCGUCGUCGCCCUUAUCAGGGGCCAUGGUCAUCGAAUCUAUCCAGAAUUUGCCAAUGGAUUUUGAGUGUUCUUCUGCUAGCAGUCCCGCUUCAUCCACUUUUGCUUACCAACGAGAAGUUCCAAGCCUGCUGCCAGCAAACAACUUGAAAGCAGCUCUGCCUUCUUCCAAGAUUUCUGCUGUAAUAGAUAACGUGGAGAACUCGCCAACGGGCCACAAAAACUUGAUCUUCACUUCCUGGCGGCUCACUCUUGACGCGUUGCAAUUCGAGCUGAGUCGCCGCGGUCUUCCUCAUUUGCGCAUCGAUGGAACGACGAGUUUUCUGGAUCGACAAAGAAUUUUGUCUCAAUUUUCCGAGGAUCCUGACCAAUGCACUCUUCUCAUGACCAUUGGAACGGGUGCUGUUGGACUUGCCAUCACGUCCGCUAACCGGGUUCAUCUCGUCGAACCUCAAUGGAAUCCCUCCAUGGAGGACCAGGCCAUUGCAAGGGUUAUUCGUAUGGGCCAGGAGAAACGUGUCAGUGUAUUCAAAUAUAUAAUGAAGGGCACAGUAGAAGAGAGCAUUGUCGAGUUGCAACAGAGGAAAAGGCGCAUGGCUAGGAUAUCGCUGGACGGAAAUGAUGACGACGGCAGACUCGAGGACUACCGCUUCGUGUUGACGAAUUUACACUAG